AUGCAGCUGGGCUAUCCAAUCGAAAAGCCAUUCAACACUGGCUUGGUAGAGGACAGCUAUUGUGGAUACGUCUCAAAGCUCAAGGAGAGUGAGAAGUUGCUGAUGAUACCAAUUUUCCGUGCGUCUUCGGUUUCACACCACGACGCCACACUUUCUGGUUUCUUGCCAUAUUCUGAUCGCACACACACAGAUUAUUACCAUCAUUCUUGCGUCGACCCAUCCGCCGUCAUGUGGUAUACCAAAGACUCUGAAAACCAAGCUCCGAUCAAAGAGGCGGCCGAGUUACUGACCAACAAGAAACUGUCUAGAGGACUGGAGCAAAGAUACUGUGCUGAGCAUUUCUACAACAACGCACGAUACGUGCAACUAGCACCGGAAGAAGAAGCUCCCGGUGACAAAAAGUUGAAGCUACUGAGAGGGAUCCUCGACGACUUGAGAAAGAAGCAAAGAACCUGUCGGCGAGAUGACUUUGACUACUACGACGAGUUCAUGGUGCGCAUGUACCAGAUGUAUCCUCGAGUCAUCUACGCACACAGAGAAUGGGAAGUGAUGUAUGAUUGUGGUGCGGAAGAUGUCAAGUCUGCUAGCCAAAUGUUUGCCCGCUUUCAAGACACGAGAACCUGGUUGGAUGGCCUGGACUCACUCUCCUAUGUAGAUGGAGGCGUGUCGCCAAUGCGCCUGCCCAUCCAUGAGCACGAGCCUAUCGAAGAGUAUACAGAAGAAGACCCCCCCAGUUCGCUUCCUCCAGCAGCUUCUUCGUCUAGUCAAACGGGACACAGAGUCGAAGUCUGCGAGCUUGGAAGUUCAAACGGCCCUACGACAGAUGACCUCGGCACAUCUUUGCCUACUGGAUCCAUGUCAUCGCCUACAGCAACAUCAAAGACUAUCUCACGCAGCGGCUCUUUCGUUCCAGCCAGAACUUCAACCAUGACCACAAGUCCGCCCAACACAACCACCCAGACUCUGGAGGCCAGAGUCCUCAGCCUUGAGCAGCAGAUGCAUGAUUUACAAAUUUCGGAGAACAAGGAGGUGAUGGAAGAUGCGGAGAUGAAGAAGGAAAAGAAGCGCAACGCAAGCAUGGCCAAUGGAGAUGAUGCAGACGCGCUCGAGCUGAGGAUUACCCAACACAAUUUCGAUGAUGCCAAAAGCAAGUUACAGGAUGCUCAACGAGAGGUACAAGAGGCGCUCUACGUGGCUGAGGUCGCGAAAAUCAAGCUGGAGGCGGCCGAGCUCGACAACAUCCACGCUGCGGCCAAGCUUGAACUCAGCAAGCGUUUGGUGACUGUCGCUUCACAACGCGGUUAA